AUGCAUAAUGUUAUGCACAUUUUGCAAACUAAAGGGUACAACUUACAGUAUCGUGCAAACACGAUUACUAACGAGUUAGAAGAUCUAUUUUUUAUUCAUCCAACAUCAUUAAAGAUGUGGCAAGCAUUUCCAUAUGUGGUGUUGAUGGAUACUACAUAUAAAACAAACAAGUAUAAUCUUCCUUUUCUAGAAAUUGUUGGUGUCACUUCUACAAACAAGACGUUUUCCAUAGUGUUUGCAUUCAUGCAUAAUGAAAAAACGAGCAACUAUAUAUGGGCAUUGACUUGUUUGAAAUUGACGAUUAACGAUUCUUUUUGUCCUCGUGUUAUCGUCACUGAUAGAGAUUUGGCAUUGAUAAAAGCAUGUGGAGAUGUCUUUCCACAAAUGCAUGCUAUGGAUAAAAUAUUGGAAGAGCUUCAUCGGUCAAAAAGAUUUGUACCAGCUCUUGAGAAUUGUGGAUGUCAAUUGCGGACAUGUUUUGGAUUACCAUGUGGUCACGAACUUGUGAUGUAUGUCGGUACAGGUUCACCUAUUCCAUUAGAUUCGGUUGAUGUUUUUUGGAGAAAGCUUGAUUUGAUGCCUUCUAUAUCUGUGGAAUAUGGUGAUCUUAAUGGUGAUCAUCGUAUGCAAAGGUUUAAAGAGAUAUACAACAAUCAACCACAUCAUAUCAAAUAUAAUUAUUUAAGGAGAAUGGAGGAGAUAACUCAUCCAUCAACAAAUUUGGUCAAUGAACCUUCGGUUAAGAAAAAUAACCGUGGACGCCUAAAAAUAAAUUGUGUCCAACAUCAAAGUCAAGCUCCUCACAGAUACAGUUGUUCAGACUUAAACCAGGAGCCACCAUGGUAUAGUUCAUCCUUUAUGGACUUGAACGAUGAUCCGAACAGACAUAGUUCAUUCGUCAUGGGUUCGUACGAGGAACCAAUAGGCCAAUGUUCAUACAAUAUAAACUUAAACGAGGAACCAAUAGGUCAAUGUUCAUACAACAUAGACUUAAAUGAGGAACCAAUAGGGCAAUGUUCAUACCAGACAGACAUGAACGAGGAUCCGAUAGGCCAAUGUUCAUACAAGAUUGACUUAAACGAGGAACCACCAUUGGGAAAUAAUUCAUUGUUGGAUGAAAUUACAUUUAUAUUUCAUCCAUACAUCGCACAUAUACAAAAUGUAUUGGGUGAUGGAAAUUGUGGUUUUCGAUCAGUAGCCGUUUGUCUUGGAUAUGGUGAAGAUCAGUGGCUUUACAUUCGUCAACAAUUGUUAGACGAGUUAUUUUGUUCAUAUGACGACUAUACAAGAGUUUUCGUUGGAUGUGAUGAAGUAUUUACUUCAUUGUCUUUUUUUACGAAGAAUGAGUCAGCACCAACAGAACAUUGGAUGCUUAUGCCUGAGACAGGCAUCUUGAUAGCCAACAGGUUUGGUGUGAUCGUUCAGUUUUUGACCACUGAAGGCCCCGUAACUUUUUUUCCUCUUUGGAGAGGUCCUAGAGAGUUUCAAAAUCAUCGAGUCCUUACAUUUGCACUUGUGUACACCAAUCAUUAUGUGAUGGUACAAUUGGAAGGAGAGUACCCAAUGCAUCCCAUUGCGACAUUGUGGAUCCGUAACAAAGCCCCGUCAGCAACCGAAUGA